AUGGAAAAGGGGGUAAGGCGAAUAUGGGGACGCGCUCUGUCUUUCCUCUUUGGCCCGCGCUACCACGGAGCUUCGCACCCCACCCUGAGUGAGAGCGAAGUUGAACUUAUUACAGUUCAUCCGUCCAAACCUGCUUUCGCGUUCUCAUUUAAUGGCUGGCAAGGACAAUCUCCGCCGCCACAUGCAGGCCAGGUCCCUCGCUGGAUCACCGGUGUCUACUACUGUGCCCGAGUCGGAGCCUGUGUAUUUUUGAUCAACGUGAUUUCCAUAUGUGUGGCAGCUGGGCUGUCCUCAAGGUAUGACGCCGGCUCUGAGUUAGCAGGCUCCAAGAUCGUCUACCGAGGGAGCUGUACCGCCGUCAAAAAUUGGGACAUUGCUCUUCAUUUGAUCAUCAACGCUUUGAGCACGAGUAUUCUGGGCGCUAGCAACUACUGCAUGCAAUCUCUUGUUGCGCCGACCAGAGAGGAGGUCGAUGCGUGUCAUGCGAAGGGUGAAUGGCUCGAUAUUGGCACUGCGAGCAUCAGGAAUCUGUUCAAAAUCAGUCGACGUCGCGUUGCCCUGUGGAUUAUCUUGUUGAUUACAGCUACGCCGUUCCACAUCCUUUACAACUCCAUGGUCUUUGAGUCCAUUGCCACAAACGAAUUUGUGGUAUAUGUUGGACCGCACGAUCUUACGGCUGAUAACAUUAUGAAUUUGACCACUCCUACCCUUGAAAAUUGCUUCCAAACCGCUGCUACAUAUUUCGGGGUUGGAAGUUAUACCUGGAAACAAUUUUCCUCAGAGAUUGCAGCAGGCAAUUUUACUCACCUCAGCUUGGACACAUGCACGGAUGUUCUCAACAAUAAGAACGCCGCGGGAAUAAAAGCACUCAUGGUUCUUGUCAAAGAGCUGUCGGUGAAAGAUGGAGGCAACCUGACAAUUCAAUUCAAUUCAGCUAGCGGUAGAGCUGAUGCCGCCGACGAGACCUUUUGGAUGACGAAUGCGACCAGCUCGGCAGAAACAAGACUUCUGGGCAAUGCAUUUCAUUUCAAUGCCACUCAAAACGAGACAUGCGCUGUUGUUGACAAUGAUCCCGGCUAUGAUGUUAGUAACACGUACACCGCACAUGAUUGCAUCCAAAUUUCCGCGGAGGAAAAAUGCCAACUGCUCUACAGCCCAACGAUUUGCAUUGUCGUUUCUCUCUGUGCGCUGGCAAAAGUGAUCGCGAUGUUCUUCGCAGCUCGUAUCAGUCACUCUCGAUCGGUGCCUCUUCUUGUUUUAGGCGACGCGGUGGCAUCUUUUGUGACAAGGCCAGAUCCCACCACGGAGGGUAUGUGCUGGAUUUCCAAGAGUGAUGUCUCCCGCGGACUCUGGGCUUCCUCCCGCAAACCGAAAAGCUCGAGCACAUUACUUGAACCCUUGGAGCAGAAUGCACCGCGUGAGGGGAUCACAUACAAGAAACUCGUGCAACACAAGUGGUAUGCGCAAGUGCCAAGCAAGAAGCGAUGGGCGGGUACGCUUUUUUUGUGUUUAUCAGGUAUAACAGUAGCAGGACUUCUCAUGGAAAUGGCAAUUAGGACCGAUGGUUUCGCUUCACUCUCAACUGGCCUCCUUAGUGAAUGGUGGGAUGAAGGGCUCGGUUCAAGCAAUUACAAUACCCUUGACAUAAGCUCGGAAUCUUUGAUUGGCUCAGUGGUUAUAGCCAACAUACCACAGUUGCUGCUCACAGUGAGCUAUUACUGCUUAAACAACAUUGUCACCGACAUGCUGGCAGCGGCAGAGUAUAGCUCUUACGGUGUCACUCGCAAACCGCUCCGGGUCACCCGUCCCGUGAAAGGUAGCAAGCAGAAGUCAACUUAUUGGCUGAGUAUACCUUACCAAUAUGGCGUGCCCCUAUUGCUUCUGCACAUGCUUCUACAUUGGUUGAUCUCGCAGAGUUUAUACUACGUCUUGGUGAUCUCAUACAAUGUCCAGGGAGAGGCAGACUAUAGGCUUGAAGUCAGUUCUCUUGGCUACUCGCCCUUACCCGUUUUUUUGUCAAUUCUUGUUUCGUCUUUGCUGGUAUUUCUCAUGAUUCUGCUGAGCUGCAAAAGGCUCAAAUCCAACAUGCCGCUGGCUGGGGCCUGUAGCGCUGCAAUCAGUGCUGCAUGUCAUCCACCUAGGGGUGAAAAUCUGGGCAUUGCAGCUCUGGGUCCGAUCAGGUGGGGACAAACGACGGAGCCGCCGAAUUAUGUGAUAGAUCAUGCAGAUGAUACAAUCGAUGAUGAUAAAGGCCAUUGUAGCUUCACUGCGCUGGACACGGUGAAUCCAACCUUGACCACGUUGUAUGCUUAA